CUUCCUCUAAGCCUGACCCGACCCACCACAGUCUCUUCGUCUCGCUCACCGGGCUCCCCAACCAAUUUCGUGGUGGCGCACGUGAAGGGUUCGGGUAUGGAGGCGGCCGCCGACGAGGAGCAGGAGGGGCUGUCCGCGCAGUCGCCGGCGCAGGCGCCGCCUUCAUCAGCGUCCUCCCUUCCAAAGGAGCAGUCGCAGGUGGAGUUGGAGCUGAGGCUGCUCCAGGCUCUCGAGUUCUACCCUCCCUCCAAACUGAAAGGCAUUCAUCGCCACUUCAUUCUAUACGGCCUCAUGGAAUACUUGAGAAAAAGCCUUGACAGACAAUUCUCCGCGGAUGAAGUUCUGCAACUGCUGGACCGCUUCUUCAACCUAGAGAUGCUGAAACCAGACGACGACGAGAAGGAUAACUUCGGCCAGACUGAAGAAUUCGCCUUGCCGGACAAUUUUUUCAAGAAGGAAGAUUGAUGUGCAAGUUAGCUGCUGCUUUGUUUUCUUUUCGCCCUGUAGUCUUUGCCCUAGAGGCCUGGAACAGAACACCCAUAUAUAUGCUGAAGAGCUGUGUUGGUUGCUGGUUGGUGUUCACUGACUUGACCUGUGCUGUUGUACAGCUUCUGUUGUGCUCGGAUACCCGACGAACUGUUAUGAGUCUGCUCAUUUAGGUUCAGAAUCACGUGUUUCGCUUC